AUGUUAAACCGCUGUUACAUACCACGCGCACCCUCACGACGUAACGAGCGUCCCAACAUCGCGAAACUGUUGUACGGAAAGCGCAAAAAUGCCCUCCAUGGGGCCAGUAAAGCAAAACCAACUGUCGUGGGAAUGUUACUGCAGGUUCCGAUUGCAGAGUUGCAUAGCGCCACCCGGAGAGCGACUGGGAUGAAUGAACUCUCAAACGAGGCUAUCUCUGAGGUACUGCGGAAGUGCCGCGCGUUAAAUCGAUUUGACCGGUCAGAGAUAGUAGUAGAAGCGGUUGACGAAGCCAAACUGAAGCUGACCUCCUCGCACUACUGCACACUCAUGGCACACGCAAAUGAUAACAGGGACAGCAAAAAUGCGCUGCGGUAUUGGGAACGGGCAUGCCGAGAAAAGAAGGCCAACUCGAAGCUACACGGCGCAUUACUCGCGACUUACCGAUCAUCCGGGCUGUGGAAAGAUGCCGUACGACAUUAUGCAGCAAUGAUAGAUGACAAAAUGGGGUGCGAUCCUUACGCACUGCACACGGUAAUGAACGCGUGUCGCAGGGCUGGUGCUGUCGACGUUGGGCUCGCAGUCUUCUCUAAGGCAGUACAAAACGAAGCGGCACCUAAUAGCACGGUGUACUUGGAACUUCUGAGGUGCAUGCAGCAGACACGUUCGCCCAAUAGGUGGGAAAUGAGUCUCUCCGUUCUUCAGUCACUUGGUGGGACCGUUGACGUAACAGCCGGUUUGUACAACGCGACAAUAUCGACGAUGGCAGGGGCUUUGUGGGAAAAGGGUGUAGAGGUGUUUCAGGCAAUGAAGGAGAACAAUGUGCAACCAAGCAAAGACACACUCGCUACGUUGGUAUCUCUCAACCCAAACAACACCUCGCACGUUGUCCGAUGUGUUACCGAGGCACACCUCUUGGGCAUGCCUGUAACCGACAGUAUGUAUCGUGCUGUCCUCACAAACCUGACGAGACUUAAGCUCGAUCAUGAAGCGGUGCGCUUCGCCGCGCGGGAGUACAGUAGAAGUACUGAGGAUCCCGGAAAUCCAGUGAACUCAACACUUGCCCUAGGAUUGGCCAUUCUUGACAUGUUGUUGGCUCACAGUCGCCCGAAAGACGCGAUGCUUUUCUUUAACGUGUUUGAAUCCCAACUCGGUAACAUUGUUAGCGUUUCCACCCGUGGCCUCGGGACUGUCGGUUUGCGGUCGCAGCGUUGGAUUGUUCAAGGUCGCGUCGCAGUAUUGGAUCACAACAUCAUCCUUAACCCACGCUUUGAGUCGCUUCUCAGCCACUACGACUCGCUUCUUGUGCCCCUUUCCUCUAUUCGGCUGCUUGUGCGCCGGGUGAAAGAGGAGAGUGGAACGGUCAAGGGCAGCUACACAAAACAUAUGUUGAAGCGCUUGCAGAAGCUGUUGGAAGAUCACCCGGCUGUACGUGUGCUGCCUCUGACCCACCAACUGAACGCGCAUACAUACAUUGUGGAUGGUCCCAUCACACCAGAAUCAGUUGAGCUGCUUCGGAAGACGGUGUCGGAGCCGAAGGAAGGGGCUCACGGCGCGGCAUUUCCUUUGGUAAUCCGCAAGAGGGGAGAUUUCCCCAACACCUUGGAGACCCUACAGGAUUUUUCUCCAAAAAAAGGAAUGGAGGUAGCCGCCAUGCGUGGCGAGGUUGCACUACAUAACAAUGAACCGCGUCUCUUGAAGUAUCCGGACCGCAUCACAGCUCCCGAGCGGGUGCUCGCCGUAGCGGCGAUGCUUAAAUCGCUGAAUCCGGACACAAGCGUCCAUGUUCUCUCAACGACAAGUUUGCAGUUGCAGGUGGUGGAAAAUUGGAACAAGUUACGACCCUUCACCGGGUUGACAGCAGUUCGCUACCCUGACGAAGUGGAACUGAAGGCGCCGGGGGAACAGCGGAAGCAGCCAAAACAUCCCGCUGGUGCCGUUUCCAGUGGGUUGCGGCAUGAGACAGACGGACCAAAGCCCGGCCAACCCGGGGGUCUACACAUGAAGCGACUCUUUGUACCGUCUUGA